AUGUCGAGAUGCGGCGCAAUUUGUAGGAUUCCCCCACGGGAAUGUCGAAUUCAGCCAAUCCUGUUCUGGGUGGCAGCUGGGUGGUCUAGGGUGCAGGUGUGUGGGUACGGACACCUUCUCCCUCCCCUUUGCCCUGCCAAGCUGAAGCACAAGCCACGAGUGACCCUGGCGUACUCGGUCAACGGCCACACAAUGGCCGAUGAGCCGGCAGGAGGGGUGCAAGCGGAGGGGGAGUCUCUGGAGCAGAUGCUGGAUGACGGACUCAAUGAGAUCCUGAACUCACACGAACCGUGCGCUACCCCAGCAGCGGGCGGUAUGCAGGACACAGGGGUUCGAGGUGCGAUGGCUGAUACAAUGGCUGAUGCGAAGCACUCCGUCCACACGCAGUCAGCACACUUCGUCAGCAUCUUUUUCUUCUACGCUUACGGAAACACUCCACCGACGGACCUUCUGCAGCAUAUCCCCCAUGAUGCGCCGCAUGCAGAGAUCCUCAGCCUUGGCUGUGGCGACCUUCGUGACUUCCUCUACUCGGUCCUUCUUCAUGGGAGACGCGGCGUGAGCUGCGGGCCCGUCCCACGCCGCUUUUCGUUCAUGAUGAACGAUUGGGAGCCCGCGAUCCACGCCAGGAACCUCAUGCUGCUACAGAUGUUUCUCGAUGCUCGGGAUAUUCUGGAGUCGUCGGGGUCGACCACUAAGAAGAAGAGCGGCACGAAGAAACCAUCAUCCCGGGGGGGCAACUCUCGUGGCCAUGGUCCGGGCCCCGGCUCGAGCGCCGUCGCCUUCGCCCAGAGGAUCGGAGUGAUCUUCAGCUCGAUGUACAAUUCGUUUGUCGACGCGGAAGUGUUGGAGAUGAUCGAAAGCGUGGCUCGCAGACUUGCAGCGGCGGCGGAAUCUCCGAGCACUUGGGCCUCUGCCGAGCUCGGGCAACUCGUUCGGUUCGCGGACGAUCGCAGCCAAAAGCGUAUUCUCAAGAUCUUGGCCGCGUACGCCGACGGGAGCCUGCAGCGCGAGGGCGAGGCUGCCCGCGUGAAGCGGGAACGUGCUGCCGUCAUCGGCACCUACUGCCCGCCCACGGACGACCUCAGCAUCCACUCUCGGGCAAUGGGCCUAGCGUCGUUUCGACAAGGCGACUGCAUGAAUCCGUACGCUGAGAUGAGACGUGAAUUCCUGAAGAAAGGUGUUCUCGAUCCUUUCCCGUUGCUGCUGGAGGAUGGGGUAGAAUCCGGGAAGCAACGAGGUGGCUUCGACCUCGUCAACCCUCUCCUGCUGGUGACGGAGACAAAAGGCAUGGCCUACUCGCUGCACUACGGGGCGUUUCCUCUCGAUGCCUUCCAUACCGACGUCUGUUGGUGGAAGCUGCAGCCCGAGAAUCUUCAAGGCGAGUUCGGCAAGGUUGCGCCCAAGGUCACCAAACCCCAAGGCUUCAACUUGGCCGGCUCCGGGGCAACACAGGCCCCUUUCAGCUUUAAGCCUACCGCCAAAACCCAGCGUGAUACGCAGAACGUCUGGUUCGUCACCGCUCUGGAAGAGCUCGCGCAGAUGUGCGGCGCAUUCGUGCAGGCUACUGCGAAGCUGAGCAUUAUCAUCCAUGUUGGCGACGCCCUGAACUGCUGCGACGCGCUGCUGGCGGCGUCUGCGGCGCUUUCGUCGGCCCGGUCGAGAGAGGAGAACGCGGUCACAGCUCCGAAAGACGUGUUUCCGCCCGUCUUUUGUCAGCAAGGAACCCUGCAGCAAGUGCAGCUACGGGCGGACGCGCUCAUGACGCCAUCCGGAUUCUUCGAGUUCGAUGUCAUCAACACGAGCAACCUGGCCGAUCAUCUUGGUGUGGUCAACCUGCUGGUGGCUACGGCGCCGCUCUUGAAGACGACGGCCCAUGCUGUCUUGCUCACGAGCUUCAUGGCUGCUUUGCAAAACCUCCAUAUGUACAAAAACACGUCAGAAUUCCACGAGAAGUAUUUGUGCAUGGAUUCCCAUGCCUCGUCACUUCUUCUAGGUGAGCCAACCGCUUUGAAGUCAACGGAAGCACGUCCUGUGAAUGGUGUCGUGCCGGCGUCAAGUCUUUCGUCGGUGGUGGGCCACCAGGAUGCGAAUGCAACUUUCUUCGGGAUGAUAAACGCGGCGACGAAAACGUCGGCAGUAGGGCCUGGUGGGGUGCCGAGUCUCCUGCGGUUGGCCUGGAGGCGCCCCGCUCAAGCUUUCGCACAAGCGGCCGUGCACACGACAGCAUCUCCACCGACCAGCAUCAAUAUUUCCCCGAGCGACUUUGUCAGCCUUGUACUUCCUGUGUACAAGGCGAUGUUCGCCAACGUGGACCUGCUCCGGUCGAGAGGGCGGGAAGAAUCCAUCCGUGCGUUGACAACACCCGCGCAUUACACGUCUGUGUCGUUCAUUCGACUAUUGGCGUUGGCUGGCCGACAACUGCGGCUCGACACCAGGCACUUCGAAGCAGCGCUAAAGGCGAUGAUAGUUGGUAGCGGCCUGAUCAUGGCUUCCAACAUGAUGCAGGAGCAGAUGGCGUUGUUCCAUGCGAUGGAUCUCGUUCCCAUCCGCCCAUCCCCCAACGAGCCGGGCGCUCCGCUUGACACGCGUCGGGUGGUGUUACUUGUUCCGCACAGCGGGCUCAUGCUCCUCCGCGCCUUUUCCCUGCCCGAGAUAUACUUGUCGCUGGCUGGGACGCGGGGGACGUUUGACAACCACUUUUCCAGCCUCCACAUGGCUUUCGUCCGGGUGCGUCGCGGCCGAAGCGGCGGCGGCAGCAGGGAUGGGGGCAACGACAACGGCUGGCGUUCUCUCAGCGACCACCUGUGCGUGCGCGAUACACGAUCGGACGACCCUGCCGCGGAGCUCAUGAUCUCCGCCCUGGUUCCCUCUUUUGCUUUCUCUUUGGCGCCGCUGUCGGAGACUGAAGUGCGGCUUCGACCUCGAGACAGCGUUGAAAUGAUGAGGGCGCCCAAGGAUGUCAUGAACAAGAUGGGGGGCAUGCUGUGGAAGUGCUUCUUUAGAGCAAACCUGACCGACAAGGACAGGACGGCCAUCCUUACUCCCGGAGGGGAUGACCCGUUCGGCGAGAGCGGCGGCGGUUCCAGUAUUGAUGUGCCUCUGGCCUGCCCAAAGACGGCUGUGACGGAUCGGCUCCAGGAGGCUCCUUCCUCAACUCCAUCGACCAAGUCCGAGCCGGUUUUGCUCCACCGCAUCGUCGACGGCAAGUCGACCGUUGACCGCUCUGUCGAGUUGAUCUGCAAUGGCCCAGCUGGAAAGACGGGAGACGCCCACUUCGUGUACAGAAUCAAGUUCAUCAUGAUGACCGACCUUGCGCGGGAAGCUCUGACUUCAGCGACCCCGGCGGUGGCGGAGUCACUGGACCCAUGCUGCGUGCGUGUCACGCUCGGGAAGGGGCUACUCACGCUCGUGACUUACCUUCCCUUUCCGGUCAACAGGAACGCUGUCGACAUGAAGUUCAGCAGGCGCCAGGGUUUCGUCCUCUUCACCGUCCCGCCGCUCGGAGGUUCUCUCCACAUCCCGUCGACGCUGACGGCGUGCGUUACAGAUGGAGGGGGCACGGUGCCAUCGAACAUUUGGUGGCCCCCAUGCGCGCCCCUCUCUUCCCUUCCAAGGCUGGACUUCAACGCCGAAUGGUCGUUUAACAAGGUGAUGGGCGGGAUGUCUUUCACCCACGAAGAGAAGGCCGCACGGAACGACGUCUUCAAGCUUAAAUCUACAGUCGACGCUGCCCUCUUAGGACUAAAGGAGAGUUUCCUGGCCGUCAUAUCAACGGCCAUCACGAGUCACACGGAAAAUGGCAGGGGCUGGAACCGGGCAUGGGCACUCGUUGCGGACCCCGACAACCACAGCGAGCCAGCGAUCUGGAUCUGGGUCAACGAUCUACUCCUGGAUUCCAGCAACGAGGCGCUAGUCAUCGACUGCUGCGUUCUGCCCGUGGCGUGCGUGGGUGAUGCGCUCUCCCUCAAGCUUCGACGUUCCGCGCAAUUUGGAUCCUGUGCCCAGGGUGGCCCAAUUCUUACCUGCAAGGCAUACGCUGGAGAAAUCAAGUUGUGGCUGUCUCUGCUUCCUGUGGCUGUGGAGCGCGCCCGCGAGUCGUACGCUCACGCAGGGGACUGUACCUACUCGCGGACAUGUCAUAAUUCUGCUCCGGUUCUGUGCAAGUGCGGCAUGGGGAAGGACCUACCCCCAGCGUUCGUGAAGGCUUUGAAGUCCGGCAACGUCAACGGGGAGACGUGUUUCUACAGGGCAGCUCUGUCUCCACUCUAUGUCCCUCAAGGGAUGGAUGGCGUAUCGCCAAUUCCACCGCCUUCGACGACAGCCCCCGCCCCUCAGCAGAAGAAGUCGACCACGCAAUCUUCCGCAUCGCAGGCAAAAAAUGCCUCGACAUAUUCCGCACCGCAGACGAAAAAAAAUGCCAGGAUGACUGUCGCUCCUGGUUCGGCGGGAUGCUCCAACUGCGGAAAGGAUGGCUCUCUGAGGCCGUGCUCUCGCUGCCACCAGGUGCGCUAUUGCUCAAGGGACUGCCAGCGCCAGCACUGGAAGGAUCAUAAGCGUGAUUGUGGGUAAGGAGAGCUUUCGGUCGAUAGAUCGAAGCCUGCUGCAUCAGGUGGUGAAGUACGCAGGGACCGGUGAUGAAAUACGCAGGGCCCACGGUACAAGGGAUCAGUUUCCGGAUCGUACGCGGGAACUCUUAUUUGGGUUGCUAGGUCUUCAGGCACGGUCGGAUGUUGGCGGCACCCUUUGUGAGAGUGACUCAUCCUCAAGUAAUGCGAAACGUGCAAUGUGCUGCGAAAUCCAGUGAAUGCAGCCUACGAGAGCAGGGGCAGUGUUGAUUCCCAAGCUGCUGAUCUUUCGGCUAGACGGGAGCUGUGAUGAGGCAGAUGGUGAAGGAUCGCACGAAGUCAUGCUAGCGUGGUUUUGGAUUUUUCAUUUCAUACAAGGUUGGGUGGAGAGACAGCGGUUGCACAGCAUUCGCGGGAGGGGGUGGAAGAGGUGCUGUGUUCCGAUUUCUGCAGUCCGUUGACUGAAGCUGAACGGAACAAUUUGCCGAUUGUGCAACCUCGGGGUAUUGUGAAAAAGCGUGGGACGGAUUCACCAAGGGGCACAUGCUCUACCGAGUUCGUCUAACUCGCUGGCGCGUGGCGGAGCUUUACGCUUCUCCCCCGUUCACAUGUGUGAUUGGAAAGUACUCCUUAGCAUAGUAGCGGCGCGUAGUGAUGAAAGACUACAGUUGGACACCGUGUACCGCCACAUGAUUUGUGAACUUGAUGGUGUUCGCCCAUCUAUUUGAUUGAGCGCACCCUCCUACACAUCCCGGGCGCAGGUCGGAUUUGCACGGCCAACUACAACAACAGCCGUGCGAUCAACACUCACUCGUUGGGUCAUUGCUCCGAUCAUUCGGAAGCUGGACGCGAAUAACGAACAGCAGUAGACUGUGUACGGACCACUUCAAAACUCAAUCAAGGCGGAUAUCAACUCAUUCAUUCUGGCGAACAGGUGUGCGGAGGUUUCUGGUUGGCGCUGCUCGUUGCGGUCGCGAGCAUGGCAACUGGCUGACGUGACUGCUCCAACAGGACAGCGAGAGUGCCGGUUCCUCACCAGCAAGCUGUAUCGAGCCAACUGCCCGACGGCCAUCACUGCUGUAGCAACAGCAGGAGCAACAACAAACCCUCGCGCAAAAUGAGGAGUCAUCGAGGAUGGGAAGUUCCUCGGGGCCCAUCCUGCACGGGGACAGGGAGUCAGUCGCCCUCAGCGGUAUUGAACAGACCGAGUGGGGCAGACACGGAGCAACAUGCUGCAGAUUUAGGACGCGCGAGAUCGAGGAGAAAGGGAAGCGGGCUGGUGGUAUCUGCAGGAGCAGGAGCAGGAGAGGACAGGCCUUCGGAGGAAGAAGGGCAACAUUCGACUACAGCUACGAGUGAGA